GUGCAUGUCUGAUUCGGACUCGUUUACGAGCGUUGACAUUGUCGCCUCUCCUCUGGCAUAUACGCUUUGACGUUGUAAGCCCCUGGCUAUCUGGCGUAUCUGUGAUUCAUCUGUCACUCUUCACCACUGAAUCGCACACUAGUCCACCGUUGCACGGUAGCUCGUUCUGCUAAAUCACAUUGGACCUAAGUAGUUGCCCGAGUGCGUUCUAUUUUCUUUUUGCCCUCGGCGAGCAAAACGGAUCGCCUGUGUGCAUUAGAACGCUCAACUUCAGCGUCCCGUAGAGUGUAGACGACUCGGUAACGGCUUUCCGACACCGAGCUCUUGUUUUGUCUGAUCAGCCCGCACUACAAACGAUGCUUUGGGUGUGGCAUGGAGUUGCAAAUUUUCCUUUCGAAGGCGUUACGUUGACGAACUGCGCGGAUCCUUCAUGGACGGGUCGUGUAGCUUUGCAUGAUGUGCUACAGCCAAUACCCAACACUCUCUUCUGAUAAAUGGCUAUUUUCAAGGUCCUAACUCAUGUACAGCUCUUUAUCAUAUGCAACCUUGUCCUGUGCUUUUGGACAAAGCCACAGCUGGGCGAUAUUUUGUUUUCGCUAUUCCAUCCCGGCGCAUGUUCGGACCGCCUUUGACCGGUUCCCUAUGGGAAGGCGUCAAGGCCUUCGUGCAAAUACAACGUAGAUCUACUGCUCUAUUCAUAGGUUUCCCGAAUCGGUGAACAGCCCUAUCGACGGAACUUUCUUUUUGGUCGGCGAAUAGCAGACUGCCUCGGUCUGAUGAGAAAGGAGCCCGUAUCCCUAUCUUCAGGGACUUUUCUUCAUCUACGUUUACUCACGAAGUCGUAUCGCGGGAUGAGAAAGGGUUUGACAGCGUCAGCCAUAGAAACAGGCGUAUAAAGCUGAUUUCUCUCCGUUCCAUUGACCUAUACACAUUCGCCUUUUGACAGAAUGGGCGACACUCUGAUGUACAUCAUCACGGCCCUUGCCAUUAUUUUCGUGUAUAGAUGGCGGUUUGCAAAUUUAUAUGGCAUCCCCGCCAUAGGACCUUCCUUACCGGUUCUGUCGUGGUUGGGUGCUGUCCGGCUUGUAUUGCAUGGCCGAGAUAUGCUUCAAGAAGGUUAUCAGAAGUACAAGGGCGGUACGUUCAAGGUUGCAAUGCCUGACCGCUGGAUAGUGUUUGUCAGCGGAGAAACUAUGGAAGAGGUUCGAAAAAUGCCAGACGAGCAAAUGUCCUUCUUUGGCGCUAUCCAAGAUAUGCUGCAAGUUGAAUACACUUUCGGCCACGAAGUCGCCAAGGAUCCCUUCCACCAUGAGCUCAUACGUAAUCAACUCACUCGCAACUUGACAAACUUAUUCCCGGAUGUGCACGACGAAAUUACAGUGGCAUUCAACGAUUUGAUCCCCAUGUCUACUACAGAUGAGUGGACUACCGUUAACGCAUUUCCGAUCAUGCAAAGGAUUAUCGCUCGUGUGACGAGUCGCGUCUUCGUAGGCCUUCCCUUAUGUCGUUACGAUCCUUACGUUGACUUGGCCACCCGGCAUACACUCGAGAUCACCAAGAUCAGAGCAAUGCUGACCUUCUUCCCCCGACCGCUCAAACCGAUCGCUUUGAAGCUUUUCAACAAAACCCACGGAAAUCUCCAGCUCGCGAAACAAUACCUUGGACCUACUAUUGAAGAACGUCUAAGUAAAAUGCGCAAGUAUGGAAACGAUUGGACCGAUAGACCAAGAGACAUGCUUCAAUGGGUGAUUGAAGAAGCUACGUCCAAGGGUGGAGGUAUCGAAGGCAUUGUUCAAAUUAUUCUUGCGACCAACUUCGCUGCCAUCCACACGACUUCAAACAGCCUCACUCAUGCUCUGUAUCAACUUGCCGCCAACCCACAGUACGUCAAGCCGCUACGGGACGAGAUAGAGUCGGUACUCAAGGAGGAAGGCUGGUCGAAAAACGCAAUGAAUAAAAUGCGGAAACUCGACAGUUUUAUUCGAGAAUCUCAACGGGUGCACGGGAUCAGUGGUAUUUCCUUCCUUCGAAGGGCAGUCACUGACGUUACACUGUCCAACGGAUCGUUCAUCCCUGCCGGAACCAUUCUCAUGGCGCCUUCGGUUUGCACGCACAUGGAUAGCGAGAAUUAUGAUGACCCUAGUGUUUUCAAGCCUUGGCGAUUCUCUGAGAUGAGAGAGGGUGAAGGAGAAAGCACAAAGUACCAAUUUGUCAGUACUUCUACCAGCUAUAUCCCAUUCGGCCACGGCAAGCAUGCAUGCCCUGGGAGGUUCUUUGCCGCGAACGAGAUUAAAGGCAUUCUGGCUCACACCGUCAUGGACUACGAUAUCAAGUUUGAGAAUGAAGGCGUCCGCCCGGAUAAUGUCUGGCUCUCCAUCCAGGUGCUGCCAUCUCCAACGGCGCAAGUUCUCUUUAGGAAACGAAGAGACUAGCAUAAUAUUUCUUAUCGCACUAGUGCUAUCACAUUUCUACUUGGCAGAACAAGUCUUCUAACUUUCUCGCCUCUGUUAUUAUUCAUUGGAACUGGAUGUCCUUCUUGUAUAUCAUGAAACUGUAAAAUAUUAGAUGCAUUCUAUCAACGGUAUUCCGAGGAGGGAGCCUAACAUCAAUAACGAGGUCGAUUCUCAAAUGAAGAUUUUUAC